AUGCGACAUAGCGGCCAGUCGCUGGCAACCCAUGUGACUCGCUACAGGUACGAGAAUGGCCGGCGCUAUCACGCUUACCGCGAGGGGACGUAUUACGCUCCCAAUGACGAUAAAUAUGCUAGCUACGAGACCAUUGUACACCAUCUUUGGCUCCUCACGCUGCACGAUAAACUCUUCCUCGCCCCUAUCCAGGACCCGCAGAUGAUUCUCGAUGUCGGCACCGGCACUGGGCUCUGGGCCAUAGACAUGGCCGACUACUUCCCCUCGGCAGAAAUCAUAGGAACCGACCUCUCCCCCAUCCAGGCCACGACCGCUCCUCCCAACAUCCGCUUUGAAGUCGAUGAUGCCAGUGCCGAGUGGACCUACCCGGAGAACUCGUUUGACUUUGUCCAUGUGAGGGGCUUGACGGGCUGUAUCCGCGAUUGGCCCUAUCUCUAUCAGCAGGCAUACACGCACCUCAAGCCCGGCGGCUACUUUGAGCACCUCGAAUUCAGCAUCGAGACCAAUGCGGAUCCCAACUCGGACAACUACGCCGACAAAAUGUACACGUCCUUCGCCAACAGCAUCCUCAGCAUCGGCGAGGAAAAGACGGGCAUGAGCUUCCGCACCGUCGAGCGGAUGAAGGGCUACAUGGAGGGUGCGGGCUUCGUAGACAUUGUCGAGCAGAAAUUCAUCUGGCCCAUCGGGCCCUGGCCCUCAGACCCCCACCUCAAGGACAUGGGGCGCUGGGGUGAGCGCAACUGGGCCGACGGCCUCGAGAGCUGGGUCCUGGCUCUGUACACGCGUGUUCUGGGGUGGACGUACGCCGAGGUUCAGCGCUUCGUCGCCGAGUUCCGCGCCGUCAUCAAGGAUCGCCGGAACCACUUUUACCACGAGGUGCGCUGCGUCUACGGGAGGAAACCGCUUCCGGGCGAGGAGGUGCAGCAGAGCGGGAGCGCCGAGGGGCCGACGGAAAAUUGACAGAGAGUUGAGAGGGAAGAAGGUGGUGGGACGCAAAGCAAAGGAACGUUAAAAAGAAUGACAUGCUUCCAGAUACCCGGACAGCUUCUAUCUAACGACCAUUUCACGAUUUGGGGCUACCUGGGUGCCCAGGUGGGUAGAUGUGGUGGUGGGUAUUUUGUUGUUUGGCACGGAUAAUAGAUCUGUAGCCGCCCGUCAUGACCAUCGCAUUAAAAUCUACCACGCUUCCCUUCACCGCCCCUGUCUUCACUCUCUCGUGCCGCAUCCCAUCCGGCACCAUCAGUUCAAUGUUGCACAUGUCGGCACGGAAUGUGCUGCCUGGCCCAACGCCACCGUCUAUAUCCCUGACUUUGGUAUUCGCUACAAGUACACCACGGUAGGUAUGCGCACUCUACUCGUCCAUAUCCACGUCCUCGCCUUUCGCCUCCUCCUUCGCUUUCGGCGUCGACUUGGGCACUGACGCCUCCUUGUCG